AUGGGUUCCCUCGGAAAAUUGGUGCCCUGUACCCUUACUCAGACGCGAGCCCAUUGCAAGAUUGGUCAAUGCAUCGGCCCCAAGGUGCGCGAGGUGUCCGUGUCGAACGUGCUCGUGGUGAACCCGACCAACGCCGUGGUGACGGUCAACAAGAACUGGGGCGACAAGGCCACGCUCAGCAACAUUUGGGUCAAGUCGAGCAAGGCCGCCGUCAAGGUGUGCCAGUGGUCGCAGGGCAACCCCAAGGGCGAGCCUAGCAUCCUCGGCCACGGUCCUUCCGGCACGCUGUGCCAGUACUCGACCAGCGACGUCCACAUCAACCAGGACAUGAAGCAGGCCAAGCAGGGCUCGCCCGAGCAGUCGUCCCCCAACCCGGACCGCCCAGAGCGAUAUCACGCCCGCCCCCAAGACGAAGAAGCCCAAGGCUUCGACCCCUACGGUGACGACCGCCCCUCUGAAGAAGACGAAGGCCCCGAAGACCACGACGCCCGUUACUACUGCCCCACGACCGCCCCUCUCAAGAAGACGAAGGCUCCCAGCCCGAAGCAGCAGGACGAAGACGAGGAGCAGCAGGACUUCGUGCAGCAGGACCAGGUUGACCAGGAUCUCCUCGGUUAA